UGGCUUUCUCCAUUCUUCUCGAAACCCUGUUUCCCAUAAUACCCCCGACGAAACAAUUCCGUUCCUUCUCCAUGUCCAUUCCCCACAAGCCUUUCGUCCUCCUCCUCCUCCUCUCCCUCCUCCUCCUCCUGCACCUCUUCUUCUCCUCCACACCCAGCUCGCCCAGGACCACCACCGUCGCCACCUCCACCGCCGCCAUCCGCAUGCGCCCUGGCUUCCGCUCCUACGACGACUACAUCAAGCGGCAGCUGAACAAGACCCUCGACCCGCGGCUCCGGCGCCUGUGGGCGACCCGCGACUGGGACCGCAAGGUGCGCGUCUUCGCCCGCUUCUUCGCCGACCUGGCCGCGGAGGGCCUCGUCUCCAACGCAUCCGCGGCGCUCUGCGUCGGGGCAAGGAUGGGGCAGGAGGUGGCGGCCCUGCGGGGUAUCGGCGUGGUCGGUGCCGUGGGGAUGGACCUGGCGCCGGCGCCUCCCCUGGUGGUGGCCGGCGACUUCCACGCGCAGCCAUUCACGGACGACUCCUUCGACUUCGAGUUCUCCAACGUGUUCGACCACGCGCUGUACCCGGAGCGGUUCGCGACGGAGGUGGAGCGGACUCUGCGGCCUGGCGGGGUAGCGGUGCUCCACGUCGCGGUGCACCGGCGCGGCGACAAAUACUCCGCCAACGACCUCCUCGGGGGCGUCAACGGCCUCCUCGGCCUCUUCAAGCGCUCCGACCUCGUCCGCGUCCGCAAGAUCGACGGCUUCGGCCUCGACACCGAGGUCGUCCUCCGCAAGAAGAACAGCCACAAAUAA